GGAGAAAUUUGGGAAGUUGGUUACCCCACUGGGCAUUGUGUUCAGCUACCCAGAAAUUCUGCAUUGAAAGGUUUCGAACAAGAGAAGUGAUGGGGAAGAUUUAUUUAGUUCACGCUGUGUACCGGAGAUAAAUUGGAGGCAGACAAGACUCGAGUCCAAGUUAAGAAAUAUAUAAAUAUUUUGUUUGGUAUCCUUUCAGAACUUACUGAAUUUUACUUUGAUAAUUUAACUUACUUACAUUUAGUUGGAUAAUUUAGAAGUGUAAAGCUGUACUCUGUGUAACUUGAUUGGCUCCUGGGAGUGAGCUAUGGUGGGAAGCCUUCAGAGAUUCUUCAUCAGGGGCGCUGUUUUAGACUUCAUACCACUCCAAAGAUUCCAUAGUUAAAAGGCGCUCAAGGUUGGUUGGUUUGUUUGUUUUUUUGCCGCUAUGCUGCUGAUUUAAAAAUUCAGGGGUAGCACGAGACACCUUAGCACUAGGUUUCCAGCUCCUUUGAAUAACAAGAACAGAUGAAAGAUUUAUUCUAGGAAUUGGACAGAGUGUGGUGGUGGCGGUGGUGGUGGUGAACUCUUCAACUUUAAAGCAGAGAGAGCAGGAAGUAAGGAAAGAAUAAAAUGCAUCGGGUAAAAAGCCUGAUUGCAUUAACACAGACAGAUCAAAGAGACAUGUGACAGUCCAGCACUAAGACAGUGGAUUGGAAAUGAAGCGCUUUGAAAAACAGACGAAGAGGUUCAAAAUAGAACUCAAGAGACAUUUAUAAUUGUCUACUCUCAGGAUAGUGAGUCCUUUAAAGUAUGUGCUAACCUUGAUAUGUUACCUUGUCAAUCUCCUCUUUUAAAAUUAGGUUUAACUCAGGAGGAUUUGGCUAAAAAGUUUGACUUCCCCAUACCUUUGAAUGAAGCUUCCAAAAUAAUGAAGAAAAAGAAAAAGGCUUCAGUGUGGAAUGGAGUGUACAAAGUCAUUUGUAAAAUGCUUGAAGAAAAUGAAAAAUAUAGACUCAGGCUGAAAUCUCAACAAUUAUCUGGUGGAAACUCGGAUUACACAGGAUGAACCUUCUUGAAAUCCUCUGGAUUAACCUAUCUUUGGAUCUGUUUACCAAAGAAGAUUUUGAAGAAUUUAAAGAUGAAACUUUAUUGAAUCAUAUUUAUGUAUUAAUUUUGGUGUGUUUUGUU